AUGACAACAGCUACUUACGGGGGAGACGAAGUCUCAGCCCUAGUCUUCGACAUCGGCUCCUCGACCAGCAAAGUCGGAUACGCGGGCGAAGACACUCCGAAAGCAGUAUACCCGUCAUGGGUUGGAUACCCCGACGACACGGGCGCGGCGCCAAUGGACACCGACGAGUCGAAUAACGCGACGACGGGCGGGAUGGUAGGGGAGGAUGGGUCGGAGGUCAAAGCAGAGGGCGAGGACUCUGCAAAGCCGAAAGGGAAAAAGUUGAAGCCAAAGCGCUUUGUGGGCGAGACGGAGCUGUAUCCCUGGCAGCCCAACGUGGAGUUGAAGAAUCCGCUCAAGGAGGGUGUCGUGGAAGACUGGGAGACAUAUGAAGCGCUGUGGGAUCACGCAUUUUCGCGCCUGAGAGUGGACUCCAGCGAACACCCAUUACUUCUCAGCGAGCCAUCAUGGAAUCCGCGGGAAUCGAGGGAAAAGCUGAUCGAGCUGGCUUUCGAAAAAUAUAACGUGCCUUGCUUCUACCUUGCGAGGAAUGCUGUCCUGGCUGCAUUCGCGGCUGGGAGGUCGACGGCGUUGGUAUUGGAUUCGGGCGGUGCGAUGACAAGCGCUGUGCCGGUCGUCGAUGGAUACGUUCUGAAAAAAGCCAUACAAAAGCAGCCUUUUGCAGGCAACUUCAUCUCCGAUCAGGCUCUCCUAUACCUCGACCAACUGGGCAUCAAAGUCACCCCACAGUACUUGGUCGCCAACAAACAAGCCGUCGAUGCCGGGCAGCCCGCCAAGUAUGACUUGAGGGAACGACCAAACACGCGUCCGUCGUACCAUCGCUUGGCUGUUGAGCGCGCAAUCGACGAGUUCAAGGAAACAGUAUGCCACGUGUCCGAGUUCCAAUUCGAUGAAACAGCAUUGUUACAACGGCCUGUCAAGAACUACGAGUUCCCCGACGGCUACAACAACAUCUUCGGCAUUGAGCGCUUCAAGAUCACCGAAUCCAUGUUCUCUCCAAAAUACGUGUUGCCGGACCCAUCACAACCCCCAGAAGCAGCCAACCUAGAACCGAUCAGCGUGACCCGCCUGAUACAGAACAGCAUCAACAUGUGCGAUCCGGACCUACGGACGCUGCUGUACCCCAAUGUCGUGCUCACGGGCGCGAAUACCCUGCUGCCGGGCUUUGCGGACCGUGUGCACUCCGAGCUGUUGAUUGCGGCGCCUGGGUUCAAAACCAAAAUCCAAGCAGCCGGUCAAACAACCGAACGCCGCUUCAGCCCCUGGAUCGGCGGCUCCAUCCUCGCCUCCCUCGGCACAUUCCACCAGCUGUGGAUCUCGAAGCAGGAGUAUGAGGAGUCGGGGGUCAAUGUCGAGAAGCGGUUGCAUUAG